UCAGUUCGAAACCCAAACCUACGUAAGUUUCUCGCUUAACGCGGAGGGCCGUGGUGUCUCGGUGAUGGCAGCGUCGUUCAGGUGGCUAUUACAACUACACAAAGACGUGCCAAAAGCCGCUCGUUUCUACUCAGAAGGCUUGGAUUUUACCGUCAAUGUUUGCACUCCCCGUUGGGCCGAACUUCAAUCCGGUCCUCUUAAGCUUGCUCUCAUGCAUUCCCCCAUUGACCAAAGCAAUCAGAAGGAAUAUACUUCACUGCUAUCAUUUACCGUGACAGAUAUCAAUAGUACUGUGACCAAACUUAUGGCAUUAGGAGCUGAACUUGAUGGACCCAUCAAAUAUGAAAUCCAUGGAAAGGUUGCAGCUAUGAGGUGCAUUGAUGGACAUGUCUUAGGCCUCUAUGAGCCUCUUUAAGAUUCACUAUCAAUAAUAGUGAUCAUUUUUAUUAUUGAAAUGAAUAAUUGAUGCUUAGAAAAAGUAAAGUAUGCAAAGAAGUGACACAAACCUACCUGCUGGGAAUGGUUCUUAGUGGGAGAUCCUGGAAUAUGAAUAUCCUGUGAAGUUGUUUAGUUGGAAUGCUAACUGGUAACAUGUUUUUAUUUAGCAGCAAUUUGUAGAAUUUUCUAGUUCCAUUGGGGGAACAUUAUGUUCAAUAACUUGGCAAGUCGGCAUAAACACAUGGUCAUCACAAUACAAUACAACGUUAAGCACUAAGCAGUAGAUAAUAACUUUGAUGAAAAGUUACUGGCAAAACAAUUAAUUUGAUUCCAUUUACGAAUCUCAGCACAAGAAAAUUGCAAGUCACAUAUAAUUUGCAGGCUGAAAAAUUUGAAGAUUUGCUCAAACUUAGCAUAUGGAUUAUGAACUUAGAAAAGACACGCUUACAUGUUGUGUAGCUGGCAAACAGGCAUUAUGUCCCGCUUGUUUAGGCCUGCUUUGCAAAAACCUAUUAAAAAUGGAGCGGAGUGGAGCGGACAUUGCGUAGAGCGCAAGCUUAAAAUUUUGGGCUAUCCCACCAAAAUAUGAGGGCAACCAAGGCGGGUCUGUGUGCACUGCAUCUUUUAGUCUGAAAAUUGCAAAAACUUAGGUUAAUGUCCGUGUCCAAAAAAACGAGACAGGACAGAGCAAUAUAUUAGAAGGUGCGAGUCUAAAACCUCGGUAUUUCCUGUGAAAAUAUGUAUAAAGAACAUACAUUCCCAACACAUUCGACUCGUUUCAUCACCCUUGAUGUAACAAACUAGAUAAGACAACUACAUUCAUCAACACUUACACAACCCUAACAAUUAAAAGAAAUGCAACUCAUGAUCUAACUUUUUUUUUAAUAAAUAAGAAAUGGAAGAUGAAAUU